GAAUUGUCAUCCUUUCCUAGCACAGCCUCUACAUCACAGGAAGACCAUGAAAGUAAUUCAGAAUCCACUUCCUCGAGGAAAUUGAGGGUAACUCUGUUAAGCAGUGAAUGGAGAUCAACAAAAGGAGGCUUGUCAACCAUCAACCGAGAGCUGGCCAUUCAGUUGGCAAAACACCCCAAAGUGGAGGUCAGUGUUUAUCUCCCUCAGUGCAGUGAAGAGGAUAAACGAGUUGCGGCAAGUCACAAUGUACAUCUUAUUGAAGCAGAAGAAAUGCCAGGUUAUGACAACCCAGUAGACUGGUUGUCCUUUCUUCCUGAAAGCCAUCCGGUCGAUUGUGUGAUAGGACAUGGGGCUGUUCUUGGUCGCCAAGUGCAGGGUAUAAAACGUCAGUGUAAGUGCCAGUGGAUUCAGGUCGUUCAUACAGCUCCUGAAGAGCUUGGUAUGUACAAGUCCUACGCAGAUGCUAUUUCAAAAGGUGAGAAAAAGCACCAGUCUGAGGUAAAACUCUGUGAAAAAGCUGAUCAAGUUGUAGCUGUUGGACCCAAGUUGGCUGAAGUUUUCUCAGGUUAUCUCCGUGCCUGUGGAAAAGAUCAAGAUGUUCUCAACCUUACCCCAGGCAUCUUCUCUGAAUUUUCUGAUGUAAAGCAAGCCACUGAAGAAAGAAAAACAUUCAGUGUUUUAGUGUUUGGGCGUGGUGACAAUGAAGACUUUCAGCUGAAAGGAUAUGACAUCGCUGCUCGAGCUAUUGCCGAGUUGAAAGAUGAGCCACAGCCCUAUAAGCUCUUGUUUGUUGGAGCUCCAAGUGGUGAAGAGGAGAAAGUAAAAGAUUUGUUACUCCAUCAAGGAAUUGAUCGCAGUCAACUAACUGUACGUUGUUUUAAUGAAAGCAGAGAGCAGUUAGCCCGGUUGUUUUGUGAAGUAGAUCUUGCUAUAAUGCCAUCACGAACUGAGGGAUUCGGGCUGGCCGCCCUUGAGGCUUUAUCAGCUGGUCUGCCUGUGCUGGUCAGUGGGAACUCUGGUCUUGGAGAAGCUUUGAAGAAAGUUCCUUUUGCUUUAAGUUGUGUGGUACAAUCAGAAGAUCCUAAAGAUUGGGCCAAUGCAAUCAAAGCUGUCCGUGGGAAAGAUCGAAAGUUAAGACUUAGAGAGGCGAAGGUUCUUCAAGGAGAGUAUGCCGGGAUAUACAGCUGGCAGGAUCACUGUAAUAGACUUGUGGAACAAAUGCUCGCCAUUUGUCAAGGUAACAGGUUCACAAUGUUAUAUAAAUUGGUCUUCAGUUAUAAUCUGUACUACUUGCAGUAGGAAAUGUAGGCUCACGCAAUUACAAUGACAAUAGUAGUGAGAACCUCACCUCAACAAGAUAAAUUUUCCACCUCUUUUAAUAACUCCACCAGAGAAGUCCACUUUCAUGUAACAAUAUCAGAGAGUUGUAAACAAAAUUGCGAUACUUUUUAAAGAAAGCAGAUUUUGUUUUUUCUAGACGUCUUAUUCCCGACCUUGAGGGUCAAAAGUAAAGAAUUAUUGCAUUGCCACAUUUGUGUACUCUUUUUGUAGGUCCCUCUGCAGAUGAGCAGAAUUUAUCUAGGAAAGCUGCUGUGAUCUGUCAUGAUGAAAAGCCCUCUCCUUCUGAAAAACGUCUUCAUAAAGGUACACUUGAAUCUUAGAAACAUGAACAAUAUAUCCACAAGAGCAAUUCAUUGUUUUCUAUUUAGGAAGGUCUGAGAGAUGUACUUUAGUCUAUUUGGGCUUAAUGAUUUUUCCUUGUGGGAAUGUUCAGUAAACAAGAAAUGGUCGGAGCAUUGAACAGGACUGAGACGUUUAAAACUGACUUACAAGGCCAAAACGUUGUCACACUGGUUACAAGCUAACAAUGUUAGAUGCCGAGAAAUAACACUCGUUUCAGGUUUACGCUUUUUGUGCUAAAUUGGAUAAUGGACCACAGCGUAAGGAAAUGCUUGCCAUUGCCGCGGUGUAGAGGUGAUAAGUAAGAGUAGACCUCUUUAGCUUGUAUGUUUUGUUUUCCCAAUGCAGGCCAUGUGUUAAUACUCUAGAGAACUGUUUCUUUCAAAUUACAUCUUAUUCUCGUGCAUACAUGUAUCUACGCAUAAAAAGAGACAAAAGGACUUGGACCUCUAUUGGACUGGGCAAAAAAAACAAGCUAAAGAGGGCUAUUGAUCAACCAAUGGUAAUCCGGAUUUCAGAAUCCGGGAAACUUUUGCUUGUCGAUUUUGUUUCGUGGAAUCCGGAAUCCUUGGCUUUGGAAUUUAACGAUUGUAAUCCUAAAUCCAUUACCUGGAAUCUGGAAUGCCCAGUGUGGACUCCAGAAUCUAAGUCUGUCUUGUCCUGUGUUUUUUGUUUGAUUAGUUCAAUUCAACAGAGUUUUGCGGCGUCUGGAAAUUACAACGUUCAGGGCUCGAACGCUUGACAGAAUUUUUUAAGCUUCGUUAAUAAAAUGGCCAUAUCUAUGUGGAUAGUUAGUACAGUUGCAACAGUGAUGGAUACAAGGAUUAAAUAUCAGUGUAUAUAUCGUAAAGGUGAAAAAUAAUAAUGGGGAAAAUACAAAAACAGUAUUUGAUUGGAUUUUAGGCUCGACAAAGAAACGCCAGUCUUCCAAGAAAGGCAAAAGGCCGUUAUCUUCAAGUAACAUUCCAGCUCCGAAAUACCCAAGGCUACUGAAAGAUGAAGGUAAAGUUUGUUUUUGCUCAAUUUCAGUUAAGGGUUAGUUGUUUCUUUCGAUGUAUAUUGUAUACCAGGGCUCGAAAUUAACUUUAUCGUUCGGGAACCAGCUGGCGACUAACGGAAAAAUUUUGGUCGCCAGAUCGUAAAUUUUGGUCGCCAACUUAUUUUAUAUAUCACUUACACAAGAACACGAUUUUAUAUGUUACUUUGCAUGCAAGAAAAGUCACAACUGAAGAGCGAAAACAAUUAGAAACAACAUGAGUAACAGUUAUAAAGCCACCGUUGUUCUCAUGUCUCCAUAGUCAUUUUAAAUGAAGCGAAGCAUAAAACGUUUUAAGUCCACAGGUUCUUGCGUAUUUGCCCUUUGCUACUUCUACGAAAUGCUGUUCUUCAUUUUCGACUUGCUUUCCUCAACGCCUUUCGCUCUCUACACAACCACAUUGCUCGUACCAGUCUCCGACUGGGAGGAAACAAAAAUGGGCUUAGUGCAGUUUUUAGGUCUUUCCCUACAUCAACAACUGAUGAAGGAUUCAAAGUUUGGAUUAACCUUUUGGCUGAAUCCUCAUUCCCGGCAUGUAAAAACUCACGUAAAUCCUUCAACUGAUUUGAAUCUAUGGUGAUGAAGUGCGCCUGGGUUCCCAUUUUCGGAAGAAGCCGCUGAAACAAUAUGGCGUGCCGCGAACGCAGUAUCGAGGUGUCGAAAUACAUUCAAUUUUUUCGAUUAUCUUGUAAUAUUCAGACAUUAUUUUACCGAGGACGGAAGGGUGAGUUGUAUACUAGCUACCAUAUCUGAUUGAUUUCCUAAUAUAAAGAUUUUAAAACAAAAGUGGUUUCCUGGUUUUCUUUAGUCAUUGGACGCGAGUCGCCAGCUGGCGACCAGUUCUGAAAAUUUAGUCGCCAGUGCUCAAUUUUUGGUCGCAUUGGCGACCAGUGAGUCGCAAUUUCGAGCCCUGUUAUACGUACAACCGUCUUCGUACGGAAGAUGGUUUUCAGCCAGUGAUACAGGCGGCUCGUAAAAAAAAUUCAUUUUCCCCCCGCAUAAGAGUCGAACCUAUGAGGUUCUGGUUACCAGUCCAGAUGCUCUACCACUGAGCUACAGAAGACUUGUGAGAGCUAAGGUCAUUAAACUAGGUUCAUGUGACAAACAUCCUGUACAUUGCUAGGACUAUUGUAGGACUAUUAGCAUACACUGCAUCGGAAGUAACACAGAGUGGAUGAUUUUGUGUUCAUUGAUUGAGGCUUUAUUAUGCCCACUCACUCUGCUUCAGGUUUGAAGUUAGGCACUCACGAGGCUUGAGUCGCUGUCACUCGUGCUUGGAGCAAAUUGUACGCUUCUCACGUCUGACUCGCUCUCCCAAUUUCGAACAAGCUUCAUAACACCCUCAAGCAUAACCUGAAGAGUUAAGAAUUUGUGACAGUGAAGAGUUUAGUCCCUAAGGUUUUUUUUUUUUCGGCGUCACUAAGAGAGGCGAAGUGCAAAACUAUUUCCUUUUCGCUUAUUUGCUUGUUUUCAGAAAAGGAAUUUUCCAUCUGAAGUUUAUUAACUCUUUCGAGACUAAAAAACGAAACCUUUCUGAGAUUUGUUACGUUUACCUACAUGUAAACACGUUAAUGGAACACCAAUAAGAGCCAAAUCAUUAAAGUGACAGAAUUUUCAAAGAAAGUAUUUUUCAUAUAAGUGUGGCAGCUCCUUAGAAUUGAUUUCAGCCCAAAGUGUCAAAGAAGAUAGUUUUUCCGUGGUACUCUAUCAGUGGGAAAAUGAAACACAGGUAUUUGGUUUAAUCAGAAUAUGAGGGUAAAAACAGUUCGAGCCCCAGCUCCAUGGCGCCAAGUGUCCGAUAGUUACUAUUCCUUAUUCAACGUUGUCUUGUGAAGCCUAUUUGUGCAUGGCAAGAAACACGAAGAAAGGGAAAAUGUUAAUUAAGGGACGACAGUAAAGAUUUCAAAGUAGCAUUAUUUAUUCUAAAUUAUUUACUCAAAAGUGCUCUGACGAUAAAGAGAAAUUUCGGGCAUUCUACUGAUCAAAUAAUGAGAGGACACACUUUACAAAUUAACACGUUGUUAGUGUGAAAUCCUGACCAUUAUUUUCCGGUCUUCUUGUUUCCAGCAGGUUGGUUCAUCUCAGUUGUUGUGAAGUUUCUCAAAGCUGAAUACAAAAGGCGCUCUCAUUUAAGACCACUUUUCUGGGAUAGCACUUUUGAGUUGCCACUGGAUGACGUCUACACGAGACUUAAAAUCGUCUCAAGGCGAAAAGCAGACUUCCGGGUAGAGGACAACGAGGUGAAUGUGUUCGACAUCUUCACAGCUCUUGACAAAGGUGAGGAUGUUAUGACGCUAGUAGAGGGAAGUCCAGGAAUCGGUAAAACUACGUUUUGCCUUAAACUUGCGUAUGACUGGGCACAUGGAAAAAUCCCAGCGGAGUGUUCUUUUCCCAAAUUCGAGCUGAUGUUGCUUUUGAAAUGUCGAGAUAUACAUAAAGAUAUAAUGGAAACCAUCAGUGAACAACUAUUACCAGAAGAUACCGAGGAGAAGACCAAAGAGGGGCUGUUUGACUUCAUUAAGGACAUUCAUAACCAGGAGAAAACUUUAAUCAUUUUGGACGGUUUGGAUGAGCUUCCCCAAGGAUCGGAACAAUUUGUAGAUAAACUGCUUCAAAGAAGAAUUUUGUCAUUUUGUUAUGUAUUGGCUACCUCUCGACAAGAGAGGGGAAUUGAUGUACGACGAAAAUAUUGCUUCGAUAUCCGUUUGGAGAUUAAAGGAUUCACAGAAAGUGGUGCUUUCGAGUAUAUCAGAAAACAUUUUAAAAGUGUUGAUCCUUUGCAUUCAUCAAAGGGAGAAAGUCUCAUUAAGGAGAUAGAAGAAAACACUCUGUUGCAUGCCCUGCGAAAUAAUCCGCUAAAUUUACUUCUUCUUUGUGUUAUUUAUGAGGACUAUGAGGGGAAUUUGCCAUCUUCCCGUUCUGAGCUUUACCAAGUUAUUGUACUGUGCCUUUUAAGGAGACAUUGCGCUAAACAUAAUCUGGAGGCUCCUCAAGACAAUAACACUUUAGAAAAGCAAUUUGAAGAAAGCAUUUUUGCCCUUGGAGAACUAGCUUGGAUGUGUCUGCUGAGUGAUCGCUAUUGCUUUCGCGAAAGUGAAUUAGCCGAGCUUGAAAGAAGAUACAAAGGAUUGGUUUCCCGUCACCUAGGCCUCGUUUACAAGGAAGAAAGUUUGAGGAAGUUAAAGCCCCAACAUGAGUACUACUUUCUUCACAAGACCUUCCAAGAGUACCUGGCUGCCGUCUUUAUUUCUCACAAGCUGCGAGGAAACCAGUUAAGGUUGUUUGAGCGUCUACGUUUUCAUGAACUGGUGAAAAAGUAUCGAGAAGUGUUUCUUUUUGUUUCCGGUAUACUAGGGAGAGAUGCAAGCAUUCUAUUCACACAGAUUGGCGAGGAGCUAAAAAACAAUGGAGAAUGGGACUGGGUCACUUGCACACAGUCUGGAGAAGCGACGAUAGAUGACCAAGAGAGUGAAGAUGAGUGUUACGACAUUGACAGCGAGGACCAAGGCAGGGAAGCAGCAACAUUCCUUACGAAAAGCUUGAGCGAAAGUGGACACGCUGAAAAAAUGGCAGAGACUCUUUGUUCCAACAUACCCUUUCCUCUGCAUGUUAAGAUUAAGCUUGGUAGUUACGAUUUUAGCAGUGUGUGUCACGUUUUAGAGGCCUGCAAAACCUUUUCGAACCUACAGAAGCCAGUUCGGCUUACUGUUUAUCAUUCACCUAUGCACGCCUCUGGCUUUGGGAACGUUGCAGAGUGCAUACAAUCCUGCUCGCGGCUUCAGACUUUUACCAUUUUCACCCCAGCAGUGACAUUAGAUCUAACGAAAGCCCUACACACCAGCUUAUCUGGAAACACGACUUUAUCAGAGUUCACUCCACAAGUGAGGGACAGUAUCCUUUAUGACGCAGCGGUUGCUAUCGGUGAAUUGUUAGCUGGCCGCAAAGCUUUGAGAAAAGUAACGUUUAAACUUGACAGAGUGUGGGGGGAGACUUGGGCCAGCGCUGUUGAACCUGCUUUGUCUGCGGACACUCUUUUAGAGUCUGUGAACCUCAACGUUCAUGGGUCAUUGUGUGAUACUUCGGUCCGUGGUUUAGGAAAGCUUCUAUCAAAUAAAGCUUUGGCCUCAUUUUCCCUUAAUAUCUCUGGAGAUGUGCAAGAAUUUGUAGCUGCUGUUACUAGUAGAGGAAUUGUGCAAAAAACCGCCCUCAAGUCAUUGGUUUUCAUUGUUGACGGCAACCUUAGUUUCCCUGGUGUAAAUGCUCUUCAAAACAGUCUUCUAGAAAAUCGUUCUUUAAGUGAUUUAGUACUGACUCUCCGUGGAGAGAUUCCUGACAACUGGCAGUCUGUUGUGGAAAAGCUUCGUUCGGUAAAGAAGGGGUCAGUUAACUGUACUUUUCAUCCAGACCCUGGCAGCAGUGUUACAUGUGAUCAAGUGGCGCAUUUUAGUCCUGCUGUGGUCGAGAGAGGGGUAGAAACAAAGCAGCACUUUACUGUAGUUAUUUGGGGAGAGCUGAAGUGUGGUGGAGCAGAACAUUUAUGUGAGGUCUUGUUGCAUGUCCCCCUGACAAGCCUGACUUUGAAAGUACGUGGAAAAUUAAGUGAUAGUGUUGCUAAUAUUAUUAAAAGAUAUGUCGGACGACAAAAUACACUGUCCUCCCUAACAAUCGAAAUUUGGGAAGAGUUGGCCCCAGCAACAGGAACUUUACUUCAGGAACUAUCACGGAAUAAUGAAACCGUCCAAGUGAAAGUGCAUGGCGUCAGUGGUGUUCCUAAUGACAUGUGCAAUACUCUUGAUGUCUCUACUAACAAUCUUGCGUCACUGAUACCAAUGUUCUCUGAAGUUAAGAAUACCAGAAAGGAGAAGAUCAGUCUUAAAAUAAUUGACGAAGAUAAAGUAUUUGGUGACUGGCCACGUCUGCUAGGUGAUGCUUUGGCAGAAAACACAUUACUAACCAUGCUGGAUCUUACAGUGAGCAACUACACAAUGAAUCCAGGAAUAGGGAAAGACCUCGGGGAUAGUUUGCUGCGAAGUUCGUCAUUAACAGUUUUAAGUCUUACAAUCAGGAACUACAGUAACAUGGCAAGAGGCUGGGAAUACAUGCUGAUCAACAGCUUAGCGAAAAUGGCGUCAUUAACUACACUUAGUCUCUCAAUUGACGAUCGUAGCGAGGUGAUGAGAUUCGGAGAAGAAAUGAUGGCCGUGAAGUCCUUGACUACACUUUCCGUCGUAAUCAACGGUAAUGAGUUAACUUAUUUUUGGGGUAAAUUUCUGAGAAAAUGUUUGGAGGAAAGCACUUCACUAACAAAACUCAGCCUUACAAGCAACAACUAUCAGGAGAACAAUGAAAUUAACCCUUACAGUGCCAUGUUCUAUUACCACCCCUCUGACGAUUCAAAAGAAAUGCCUGUGACUUGGGUAGAAGGUCUCUGUUUUGGACUGGCAAGUACCUCAUCUUUAAGGGAACUAGUCAUUACGAUUAACCACAGCACCUGUACUUAUUCUGACUGGACAGUGAUAUUAAUUGAAGGACUGUCAGUGAACAAUUCAAUAGCGUCCCUUACUGUUACAGUCAGUGGUUACGAAUACUUCAGCUCUGUAUUGUGGGUAUGCUCUCUGAAAAGUUGUUUAGCAAAAAACAUGGCAUUAAGUACACUCACGCUGACAGUAAAUGACAUCAGUGAAGGUGAACAGCAUAAUAGCUGGUAUUGUCUAUUGAGACCUGAUGAUUGUCCAGAAAACACGUCAUUAACUGAUCUCAAUCUAACAGUCAACAUCCGCAGUGAAGUAAGUGAAGACUGGCUACCAAGUUUUUGUGACUAUUUAAUGAUGAAUUGCUCCUCCCUGAGAACAGUGAGAUUGCAAGUCAACAACCGUUGCGCUACAAGCAAUAGUCGUAUAUAUGACUUAAGCAAACUUCGGUUAAAAUACCGAUCAUUAUCCACAUUUGAACUCUCUGUAACUUUCUAUGGAGAGUAA